AUCAGGCUCAAUCGGCAGCUGGGGAGUCUGGUUUCCCACAUUAAGGAACUGGAGCCCAAGCUGAAAAAGAUUCUGAAGAUGAACCCAAGAAUGCGGAAGUUCCAAGUGGAGGUGACCUUGGAUGUUGACACAGCUCACAACCUCCUCCUCAUUUCUGAAGACCUCAGGAGCGUCCGAUGUGGGAGGAUCCAUCAGAAUCGGCCAAACAGUGCUGAGAGAUUCAACUUGGCAGGUGCUGUCCUGGGCUCCCCUGGUUUCACCUCUGGCCGCCACUACUGGGAGGUGGACCUAGGAACAAGCACAGAAUGGAAUCUGGGAGUCUGCAGAGAAUCUGCCAGCCGCAAAGGGAACAUCCAAAUGACCACAGAGCAUGGAUUCUGGAUUCAGCAGCAAAGGCUGCACACUUUCAAGAAGCGAGCAGAUGUCCUAUCCGUCUUUUUCUCAAAAGAAUUAGAUCAAGACAAAUCAACACCUGGCGAAGCUGAUUUCCAAGAUCAAGGAACUGGAACCCAGCUGAAAGCUAUUCUAUGCCUGACCUCAAGGAUGCCGAAGUUCCAAGUAGAUAUGACCUUGGAUGUUGACACAGCUGAUGAGAUCCUUGUCAUUUCUGAUGACCUGCAGAGUGUCCAACGUGAGCAUAUGGAACAGAAGCUGAAAGAGCAUGCUGAGAUUGACCUUCAGAGUUUGGGCUCCUCUCAGUUCACUUCCAGUUGCCAUUAUUAG